AUGUCGGCCAUCAAGGAGCAAGCUUACACCCUUUCGGGCAAGGUGGCCCUAGUCACCGGAGCCGGUCGAGGCAUCGGACGUGGCAUCGCCGUCGAACUAGGUCUGCGCGGAGCCUCGGUCGUUAUCAACUACUGCAAAGCCGACAAGGCAGCCCAAGAGGUUGUCGCCGAGAUUGAAAAAGCCGGCAGCAAAGCCGUGGCCAUCAAGGCCGACAUUUCCAAGACGCCAGAGGUCACGAGGCUAUUCCAGGAAGCCAUCAAGCACUUUGGCCACCUCGACUUCGUCGUGUCAAAUUCUGGCACCGAGGUCUUCAAGCCAGAGGACCAGGUGACAGAGGAGGACUAUGACCGCGUCUUCAACCUCAACACGCGGGCGCAGUUUUUUGUUGCCCAGCAUGCCUACAAGCACAUCCGAAAUGGUGGCCGAAUCAUCUUUACAUCUUCUGUUGCAGCGGCCAUGUCGGGCAUCCCCAAUCAUGCACUCUACGCUGGUAGCAAGGCGGCCGUUGAGGGCUUCACCCGCAGCUUCGCCGUCGAUUGCGGCCAUAGGCAAAUCACGGUGAACGCUAUUGCUCCCGGAGGUGUCAAGACUGACAUGUACGACGAAAACGCCUGGCAUUACGCGCCCGGGGCGAACCCUUCGUCGUCGAUAGCAGAGAUUGACAAGGGCUUGGCCAACUAUUGCCCUCUCAAGAGGGUGGCCGUGCCCAAAGAUAUCGCAAAGGUGGUCGCUUUCCUCUGCCAUGGUGAUAGCGAAUGGAUCAACGGCCAGGUGGUGCUCCUCACUGGGGGUUCCUUUACCUAA